GUGUGUCUAUUUCAUUACCCUUUACAUUUAAAUUCCAUCAAGAGCUGUGCUUUCUUGCUUUAUUACUUUUUCCAUAGACUCAACAGCUUGACGCUUAUUAUCAUACAUCUUUCAUCAUGAAGGGCUUCGGAUCCAUCUUAGCAUUCAUUGCUAUCUCUGCCACACUUGUUUCUUCUCGAGCUUUGCCAGAGACCGAGACUGAUCUCAUUGCUAGAGCACCAGUUCCAAAUGUAUUUGAGUUCUAUGCUCGAUCACCAAAAAACAAGCAAAACAACGGUGACGAUGACAAUGACAAUGAUGACGACGAUACCGAAGAUAACGACGACAACAGUGCUGCUAAUGCAACAGCCAAAGCUUCCGCAAACAAUCAAAAGGCAAAGGGUAGUGCCACUCUCGCUGUGAAUGCUGCAGCUUCAACCGGAACUGGAAAGAAAGGCAAGGCAAGCAAGGGAAGCGCAAAAGCAACUGGUGGCGUAGCACAACCAAGUGGUGCGGCGAAAGCAAGUGGUGCAGGGAAAGCAAAUGGUGCGGCGAAAGCAACUGGUGCAGCAAAGGGAAACGGCGCCGCAAAGGCAACCGGCGCACAAGCAGCAUCAGCUACCUCUACCGCUAAGGCAAGCAAAGGUGAUGCCGGCGCCGCUGCAGCUGGAGCUGACACUGGCGAUCAAUCGCUCGCCGGUGAGAUCCAAAGCGAGCUCAGCUCAAUUGGUCUCCGUGGCCUUCCUAUCCUUGAAUCAAGGAAAAAGAACAAGAACGGUACCGCUGCUGCCAGUGGGACUACGGGUGGCAAAAAAGCUGCUUCGACCGGCACCGGAGGAAAGAAGGCCAAAGCUUCCAAGGGGGCUGCUAAAGCUACGGGUGCUAAUGUAGCUUCCAGUGCUGCUGCGUCUGCGACGAACUAGUGUUUAUUUCAUACUAGAUUUUGGGGUGUUUGGAAUGGAUUUGGCAGGGUACGGUUGGAAAUUAAAAAAAUCGGAUCA